CCCCGACCUGCCUCCUCCGUUCCUUCUGGGUCCUUUUUUUCGUCCCCGAUCAUCCCUCCCUCUGUCCCUCCUCCUUUUCCAUUCCCCCUUUCUUUCCUAGUCCUCCCUCCUGUGCACAUCCAUUCCUCCUUCGUUGCUGUUUCCUCCCAUUUUCCCCUCCCUUGCGCCUCCCUCCUCCUGCCCCUAAAGCAUCCUGGGCCACUCAGUAGCCGUAGAUGCUUUAGGGGCAGGAGGAGGAGGAGGGUUGUGGGUGGUUUUUUUCUCCCCUCCUGCCUUGUAGGCUCCGGGAAAAGAAACCAAUCAAACCUCCCUUUCUGGGUGUUCACGCACUCACCAAGCCCUGUGGGCCGGGUUUCAAACCACGUUGUGUCCCCCCCCCCCUCUUUUUUAGUAUUCCUUUGCCAUUGCAAUGGUCUGGACUGUGCCUUUUAAACAGGUGGAAUGGAGGACAGGGAAUCUGAGAAAAUUGUGAUUCUUGUAUCAAUAAAAAUAAAUGUGUGUUGUGUUUGUAUGUGUUGCAGAUCAGAAGAAGGAGGAAACUAUGCCCUCAGAGGGGGAGAAUUCACCUGAGGCAGAAAACAGCAACAACAAUAAAAAAAGCAAAACUGGAGCCUCUCAGGUACAAUAUGAUUCUCAGCCUUCUCCUUUGGCUCUGUUGGCAGCAACUUGCAGCAAAAUAGGGACACCGGGUGAGAAUCAAGCAACUGGACAGCAGAUUAUAAUAGAUCCCAGUCAAGGCUUGGUGCAGCUUCAGAAUCAGCCACAGCAGUUAGAAUUAGUGACAACUCAGCUAGCUGGAAAUGCAUGGCAGCUUGUUGCUGCUGCUCCUCCCGCUUCAAAAGAAAACAAUGUCCAGCAAGCAUCUUCUGUCACUUCUAGUGCAGCAAGUCCCUCUAGCAGCAACAAUGGAAGUGCAUCUCCUUCAAAAACAAAAGCAGGCAGUUCCUCUGGAGCAACUCCAGGACAGUUUCAAGUCAUCCAAGUACAGAAUCCAGGUGGUAGUGUUCAGUAUCAAGUGAUCCCACCGCUUCAGACAACAGAAGGCCAACAAAUUCAGAUCAGUCCUGCUAAUGCCACAGCUCUUCAAGAUUUACAGGGUCAAAUUCAGCUCAUCCCUGCAGGGAAUAAUCAAGCUAUCAUUACAACUACUAAUAGGACAGCUUCUGGGAAUAUUAUUGCUCAAAACUUGGCAAAUCAGACCGUUCCAAUCCAGAUUAGACCUGGUGUUUCCAUUCCAUUGCAACUACCUAUUGCUGGUACUCAGGCACAAGUUGUAACAUCAUUGCCUAUUAACAUUGGGGGAGUGACCCUAGCAUUACCUGUAAUAAAUGUUGCAGCUAGCGGUGGUUCUGGACAGGGUACUCAGACCACUGAUAGUGGUGUUUCCAAUGGAAAUCAGCUACUAUCUACACCUGUCACAACAGCUUCUGUUAGUAUGCCGGAUUCUCCUUCCACGUGCACAACUACUGCCUCUACGUCUCUAACAAGCAGUGAAACUUUAGUAAGCACUGCAGAAACAGGCCAGUAUGCAAGCACAGCAAACAGUUGUGAAUCUGCUACCGAAGAUCCCCCAACUUCUUCAGAAACAGAGGCUCAGAACUCUAGUCAGCUUCAGUCAAACGGACUGCAAAAUGUGCAGGAUCAAUCAAACUCUCUGCAGCAGGUGCAAAUAGUAGGUCAACCUAUUCUACAGCAGAUACAGAUUCAGCAGCCACAACAGCAGAUCAUCCAAGCUAUUUCUCCACAGUCUUUUCAACUCCAGUCAGGACAAACCAUUCAAACCAUUCAGCAACAGCCUUUACAAAAUGUUCAGCUACAAGCAAUGAGUCCAACUCAAGUUCUCAUAAGAGCACCAACUUUAACCCCGUCAGGGCAAAUCAGCUGGCAGACAGUACAGGUCCAGAAUCUUCAAAGUCUUUCAAAUCUUCAAGUUCAAAAUGCUGGGUUACCCCAGCAAUUGACAAUCACUCCUGUAUCUUCAAGUGGUGGUACUAUAGCUCAGAUAGCACCAGUUGCUGUUGCUGGUACACCAAUAACGCUAAAUGCUGCCCAGAUUGCUUCCGUGCCUAAUCUUCAAACAGUAAGCGUUGCUAAUUUGGGUGCUGCAGGUCUCCAAAUGCAAGGAGUUCCAGUUACCAUUACUAGUGUUGCAGGUCAACAAGGACAGGAUGGAGGAGUCAAAGUACAGCAAGCCACAAUAGCUCCUGUAACUGUAGCAGUAGGAGGCAUUGCUGGUGCAGCAAUUGGUGCUGUCAGUCCUGAUCAGAUAACUCAGGUGCAGUUGCAACAAGCCCAGCAAGCUUCUGAUCAAGAAGUGCAGCCUGGCAAAAGGUUAAGAAGAGUGGCCUGCUCAUGCCCUAAUUGCAGAGAAGGAGAAGGAAGAGGCAGUAAUGAACCAGGAAAAAAGAAACAACAUAUCUGCCAUAUUGAAGGUUGUGGAAAAGUAUAUGGGAAAACAUCUCAUCUCCGGGCGCACCUUCGCUGGCAUACUGGAGAAAGACCAUUUAUUUGCAAUUGGAUCUUCUGUGGAAAAAGAUUUACAAGAAGUGAUGAGCUGCAAAGACAUAGACGAACCCACACAGGUGAGAAAAGGUUUGAAUGCCCAGAGUGUUCCAAAAGAUUUAUGCGAAGUGACCAUCUCUCCAAGCAUGUCAAAACUCAUCAAAAUAAGAAGGGUGGAGGAACAGCCCUUGCUAUUGUUACUUCAGGUGAAUUGGACUCUUCAGUUACUGAGGUUCUUGGAUCUCCAAGGAUUGUCACAGUUGCUGCAAUUUCUCAAGAUUCAAAUCCAGCGACUCCUAAUGUUUCAACAAACAUGGAGGAAUUCUGAAAGAACAUUGUACAAUUUCCUAGAGCUGCACUUAAGUUUACAACCUUUCAAGAUAUGGAAGUGGGCUUGUAAAUGUAUUACAGAGCAGGAAAUCAUGUAGUCAGCCUUGAUUUCUGUAAGUAUUCCAAGUUGGAGGAUUAGCAUAGAAGUAUACAUUUAAGACAGAAAUUUCAAAAAUUAAAAUAGGGCCAAUUGACCCAGAUAAAUUAUGAAUAAAACAGGUAAGGAAAAUAUUGCUUCCACACAUUGUUCUCACUUAUGUUUCUGUAUCAUGGAAACUAUUUUGAUUUUUCUUCUUUUUUAUAUGUUAAUGUUUGUUGUAACAACAAACUUAAAAUGCAACAGCAUGGCUGUUGGCUGGGGUUGUUUUCAUAGGAAGGUCUAUAGCACUUUUAUGGGACCUUCCUUCAAAAGGCACAGUAAAAACGCCUAAUUUAGUGAAUAUGAUUGCCUUCAUUUUGGUUUAUGAAACGUUUAUUAAGUUUGGCCAUCUUUGUUUAGUUUUUUUUUAAUGCUUCAGAUGGCAGCAUGUGCAGUGCAGCUGCUGAGCGAGUCUGAGACACUCCUCAGACAAUUUUAACCACUACAUUAUAGUAGUGUGUAUAAUGACAAUCAGUAAAUACAGAUUACUCUCAUGGAGAGGUAAGAGAUCUAUAGAGCCAGUGUAUACAGUAGCAAAUAUUGAAUCUUAGAAAUAUAUUGACAAAAGAUUUUAAUUAAUUUCUGUGUAAGGGUGAAACUUGGAAAGCUAUGUGACGAGUCUUUUAAGCCAUCCCAUUUCAAAACAUAAAUGAUCUAUUACUGAACUUUGGUUAACUUCAGCUUUUAAAAUAUCUGUAAUUUUUAAAUAUUUAAAUUUUAUUAGAAUAAAUGGUGGGAUGUAGAAUGUUACAGUGUGUAUGCACUGCUAUCAACCUUUGGGCAGUUUCAAAUAUUGUCGUUAAUACACUGAAUUCUUUAGACUCUGACAUGACGGCCAAAGAAAAGGACGAAAAACUUCAACCAAAUGCUUAACUCUGAAUUAAUCUAUUCCUUUUCUUUUAUUAGGAACAGUAGUGGCAGGGAUCCAAAUAUCUAUUUUAGAUACACCCACUAGGGUUGGCAUGCCCAGCAGGUUUUUGAUUUUUAAAAAUUUUGAAUAGCAGGCUUUCAGACAAUUUAGAAAACGGCUUUUGAAAGUCCCCUCUGUUUCAGAAGUGGCUUACUAUAUGGCAAACCAGACUAUGCUUGUAAAACUCAAGCUCUGAAGUGCCCUUGAGCUUAAACAGUAGUAAGGUUUGUUUUGGAUCCUUGGCAGAACUUUUCUUUUUCAGUGCCUAAAUAGGCCAGAAAAGAAUAAUUGUAAGGAACUUCUUGUAUCAUCAAUAAGUUUGAUUAUUCAGGCCCAAGACAUGUUAGCAAAUAUGUUUAAUUUUCUGGAAAAUAAAGGGCUUUUGACAAUAAAACAAGAUAUUAUAUUCUCACUAAUGAUAUAGCAGAGUUCAAAGAGGGCUGUGUACUAAAGAUCUUUUGUCCCUGAUUCAGCUUUAGUCAUGGAUAGUUAUAUGAAUGUACAAGGUAGUCACCCUAGAUAGGUGUGCAUAUCCCCAUCUGCAUGACAAUACACAGUCAGCUGGACAGUACUACCUGGAGGAGUGUCAUAAUACAGAUUGAGAUCUAUACCCAAUGAACAUCUGUAUGAGAUACACAUAUGAAAGUCUGCUUUUGCAUGCAGGUGUCCUUGGCUGGACUGGCACAUUUGAAAACACAUCCUUGUGCACAACAGAAGUAUGGCCAAACACAUUCAGAUUUUUAAACAUUUUCCGUAGGUAUAAACAUCAUGUUUUACAAGUCUGCUAAUUUAGAAAAUGGCAUCUAACAGCCCAAUUUAUACACUUUUACUUCAAAAUGUAUUAACGAUCGUAUAAAGAGCAAGAAGUUAACACUUCUCCGUUAAAAAUUAAUUAUCUUUUUUGUUAGGAGAUGCUUGUUUUCUCAAACUCCUUUUAUAAUCUUGCACAGGUUUUUGUGGCAUUGCAUGCAUUUUAAUGACAAAGAUUUAUUGGUAAUUUGUACCACAUACACUUUAGGGAUGCUCUGUGUAGUAAAAUGUGAGGCUGAAAGUCUUUUAUACUUUCAGCUUACAUACAUAGGAAAGAAAACAUUUUACACUGUGGUUAUAAAUGUCAGGUUUCUUGAGCCUUUUGUAGACAUUGAAUUAAGUCUUUAAAUUUGAGGGGGGUGGGGAAAUAUUAUUUUGUAUAUUUUAUUUAAAAGAUUCUCAGCUGAUGUAUCUGGCUUUAAAUCAUCAGACUUAGAUGAUACAUUUAAUACAGGUGGCCAUUAAUUAAUACUAAUUAAUUUUGUUGCAAAUGAACUGAGCAUCAAAUAUAUUUUAUAUUUAUGUUUCUCAAUCAAUGCUAUAAAUGUAGUUAAGCAAACAAAAUUUCCUUACAGAAUCGUGCUUACUUAGAAGUAAAGAAUUUUUUGUAAACUGAAGGUAUGAGUGCUCGGCACAGCUGUUAGAUAUUUAUAUGCAUACUUACGUAUGCAGAUGCGAAGUGGAAAUUAUUUUUUAAUUUGCAGCAAAUCCCUAUUACAAGUAUAUCGAAAUUUUGUUGACAUCACAUAAUCUAAAGUAGAUUAAUCUGUGUUAGCAGGUGCACUUGCUACCCCUGGAAUUAGAAACAUUUUGAUAAGUCUGUUCUGCAUACCAUUCUGAGUCCACUUUUCAGUCUUAGAAGGAUCGUAAAUUUCAGAGUCCUUUAUUUGACUCGGUGGGAUAUAACUGUUGUAUGUAAUAGGGCACAGAUGUGCAGUAGUAGCUUGUUUAAUGGCAUCUCACUGUUCAUUUCCUUUGUCAUUAUAAAAUUUUGCUUUAUUGUAAUUAUCAGUGCAAAGUGUAUUUAUCAUGGUAGACCUCCAGUGUUGGAAUAGUGUUUUUUUUCUCCCCCUUACAGUAUUCUUUCUCGGGAUAGGGCUGUGUAUGUGUUUCCUGAUUACAUUAGAAAUCGGUGUUAAGUCAUUAUUUAUCACACUGUUUCAUGAGAGACGUAAUACAAGUGUGUAAUCUAGGAGAAAAAGUUUAUUUGUCAAACUUAGGUAAGCAUGAUGUUUGGGUCCUAUUUUUCAAUUUUAUAACUGUUUUAUUGCAACAAUAUUUGUAUUUAAGUCUCCAUUUCUAAUGCCUUGUGAUUUUUUUAUGCAUGUCACUAAAUUGUCAUCCCACAAAAAUUGAUGUGCAGCAUAGGGUGUUAAAUUUACAUAAUAAUUUUGAAACAGAGAAAUAGUUGGUGGUAAAAUUGUAAAUGUUUUGCAGAAAAUCCUUAUUAAAAGUUUUGUAGUAAUAUUUCACUUGUAAAUUUUUUGUAAGAAAAAGGAAAAAAGAGAAAAAAGGCAAAGAACACCCAUUCUAGAAUCUAAAAACCAAUUCUGCCAGCAAAGCCUCCAAGGCAUUAAUUUUUACUAUGCUAAUUUGUAUAAAUUUUGUGUGUUUUUGUGGAUUUGGAAUUAAAACUGUGUAGACGUUGUUGCCUGCAAUAACAGUUUGCAAGUAACCCAUUAAACUUCUCUUGAAUCUAAA